UAAAGGCUUAGACUACAGAGUGAGGUCGAUGUCAACUUUAAACCAUUUUGUGCCAUAUAUCACAGCUAGCAGAAAGGUACAAGACCCUAUCACUGUGAAUUUACAGCAAAUUCUGAAAAAGAUUCGAAAACAGUUAAAUGUUUAUGACGAUUCUAAUCGCAACGAUGUUAUACCUGUAAACACUCCUGAAAAUACAUUAGUUCCCCUGAUUGUGUACUCAAAUAAAAUGGCAAUAAAACAAAAAAUUCCGAAGUGUACUCCUAUACGAAAAUUUAGUUUCAAUAACCAAGAUUUCCCCUUCUCUGCAACUGAGCUGAAAUUUGCACCAUCAGAAUUUCCCGAAUCAAGAUAUCCUAUUGUUAAAAAGGAUGAUCCCAUUUGCACAAAUUUUACGCAAUUAAAAGGUCCAAACAGUGACCUAUACACUUUGGCAGUCUUGAGGGGUAUUACAAAACAAAAGAGCUUACACAAAUGUAAAUGGUUUACAUUCAAUUAUUGGCAUUCAAGCACUUAUUUGGGCCGGAUAUUAAAGUCAAGACCCGGGAUUAUGAUAGUUUGUCAUAACUUUAAUAUGUUCAACUCUAAUGUUGAAAUUAAGGGGAACAUACCCUCUUCCAUGCAGAACUCAUCAUACCCUUUUAAGUUUUCAGUUUACAGAACGAGAAUGAGAAAACUUUUAAGAAAACAUUUUAUGGAACUCUAUCUACGAGAUGAACAAUUUGCCAAAACUUUCGACGGUUUUUACAAGUUUUCCUGUGUACUUUUUCCACUUACGGACGGAGAAUUGGAAGAUUUUGCUCAGCAUAUAGCUUUGUGUCUUGAGAAAGUGUCAAAAAUUGAUUUGAAAGGUGUGAAGGAUGCUGCUUUGAAGGAUAAUAACAAAUUGCCAUGGCAUGAAGUUAGCAAAAUAUUAUCAAGGAACAAAACAAGCACAGCAGGAAUAGUGCCACCUUUUAUAAAAGGGAAGAAACAUUGAGACGCCAAAAUUCGUGUUUUUCUGUAUAGUAGAUAAUCAAUGAUUAAUGUAGCAAAAUGAACAGUUUAUAUAUUACACCACUCGG